UUUUUAAGCUGCUACUACUUCUUGUGCAGGGAGUACCCUGCGGUGGUCGCAGGGAGCCUACCCUCGUUGGAGCCCUGUGGAUUGGUCCCUAGGGUUCAGUGUUUGGAGUGGAAGAGGAAAGUGGUUAGCUACCACCAAGCCUCCUGCCCCUCACACACCCGGCAUCCCAGUUCUGAAUUUGGUACUCGCCCAUGGGUUUUGUGUAAUGACACAGUAUCCUGAAACCAUGGAAGACUGUGUGCUCGCCGAAAGUCUGGGACAAGUUUAAGGAGAGAGCUUUCCCUCCACCACUCAGAGCAGAAAAUGAACAAAUCCCAGGAGCGAGUAUCUUUCAAGGAUGUAUGUGUGGAUUUUACCAAGGAAGAGUGGUAUUUGCUGGACCCUGCCCAGAAGGUGCUUUACCGAGAUGUGAUUCUGGAGAAUUAUAGCAACUUUGUCUCAGUAGGGCAUUGUGUUACUAAGCCAGAUGUAAUUUUCAAGAUAGAGCAAGGAGAAGAUCCCUGGAUACCAGAAAAUGGAUUCCAAUGUCACCCAGAAAGGAAGUGGAAAGUGGACAGCCUGUUAGAGAGUGACCGGGAAAAUCAAGAUGGACCCUUUUGGCCACUUGUGCUCACCAACAAGACCACAAAUCUAGAGUGUGGUGGUAACACAAGAAAAUCUUCUAGUCCAGACACUGACUCUGUUUCUUCAAGAAGUCUUCUGCUCAAAGUAUGUGACUCCUGUGAGAUGAAUUUAAAGAAUAUUUCAGCUAUAAUUAUUAGCAAAAAGAGCUAUUCCAGAAAAAAGCUUAAUGAGUUUAAUAUAUAUAAGAAACCACUCCCUGACAGUAGGCAUGAGAGAAUUCCUGUAGGAACAAAAUCAUGUGACUAUGAUGGGAAAGGGGCUGUCCUCGGCCUUUGUCGGGAUCUCAGUCGGCCAUCUGAUCAGCCUUUUGAGUACGAUGAAGCAGGACGAGGCUUCCACGCGGAAGUGGCCCUUUGUACAAGUCAGAGCUCUCAGCGAGGCAAGACUCUCUAUACAUACACUGAAUGUGGAAGAACUUUUGUUGACAGUUUGAAGCUCAGUGUAUCUCAGAAAACUCAUUUGCAUAUGGAGCCCCAUGAAUGCAGUAUUUGUAGAAAGUCCUUCUAUGUGGAUUUACAGUUUGGACCUCAGAGAGCUCUCUCAGGAAACAGUCCUUAUGAGCGUAAUGAAUAUGAGAAACUCUUCUGUGACCGAUCAGCUUUUGUCGUUCACCAGGAAGCUUACACAAGAAAGAUUGCCCAAGAGUAUAGAGUGAGUGACAGAAGCUGGGGAAAGCCAGCUCUCUGUAAACAUCAGAUAAUACAGAUGGGGGGCAAACCCUAUGAAUACCAUGAAAAUAGGAAAAAUUUUAGCAAAAAAUCACAUCCCACCCAGUCUCGAAGACCUCACGUGGGAGAAAAAACGUUUGAAUGUGGUGAGUGUGGUAAAAUGUUUUGGGAGAAAUCGAACCUUACCCAACAUCAGAGAACACACACAGGAGAGAAACCGUAUGAGUGUACCGAAUGUGGGAAAGCCUUCUGUCAGAAGCCACACCUUACCAACCAUCAGCGGACACAUACGGGAGAGAAACCCUAUGAGUGUAAGCAGUGCGGGAAAACAUUCUGUGUCAAGUCAAACCUUACUGAACACCAAAGAACACACACUGGGGAGAAACCCUAUGAAUGCAACGCCUGUAGGAAAUCCUUCUGCCACAGGUCAGCCCUGACAGUCCAUCAGAGAACACACACAGGAGAGAAACCAUUUGUAUGCAGUGAAUGUGGGAAGUCAUUUUGUGUCAAGUCAAACCUGAUCGUACACCAGAGAACUCACACAGGCGAGAAACCUUAUAAGUGCAAUGAGUGUGGGAAAACCUUUUGUGAGAAAUCAGCUCUUACCAAACACCAGAGAACUCACACAGGGGAGAAACCCUACGAGUGUAAUGUGUGUGGGAAGACCUUCAGCCAGAGGUCAGUCCUCACUAAGCAUCAGAGAAUCCACACGAGGGUGAAAGCUCUCUUAGCAUCCUGAAUGGUUAGCUUUUGCAUGCCUGUCAAGUCAGUUGUUCAGUUUUAAAAAUGAGCUUAGAGCCUGCCAAAGAAUACCACAGUGUACUAGAAAAUUCCAUUUUGUUGGAAUGCAUGAAAGCUUUCAAGAAAAUAAAAACUUUCAUUUGAAAGAUUGUAUUGAAGGGAAAUUAUUCAUAUAAAUAAUAUGGUUAAAAAAAACCUUAGAAAUUGUGUAAUGUCUUCCAAAUGUGUUUCAAAAUUGUACUUUAAAUAUGAUGGCUAUAUUAAUUUUACUUUGUAUUCAUAGGGAAGUAUGAAACUUAAGUGUCUCCAGCAUUACCAUACAUGUAAAGAACAUCUGGGGUUUAUAGACCGUGUGUGAGUAUGUUAAUGGAACAGAAGUCUAGGAGACCCUUGAUUUAUGGGUUGGAACCCAGAAAGGAUGUGAGGAAGAAUCUGAACCCUUAGUUUAAUAACUGUUAUGUUAUACUUUCCACACUAAAUACCACCAGCGUCUUUAUAGGUUGAUAGGAUUAUGUAUGUUUCUGGACAUAUUUGUGAGUGUAGAUCUAGAUGUAUGCAUAUGUAAAUAUACUUGUAUGCAUGUACCUGUACACAAGUGGUGUUGUCAUAAAGGCAGCUUAUACCACUUACAAAUGCUGAUGAUUGUGAAAAUGUCAGGAAUUUUGUGGAUUCAUUGUUUAAUAUUACAUGAAAUUGCAGUUAAAUUAUACUGAGAGCAAAGGAAAUAAAUAGUGCUCGUCCUUCCUA